UCAGAGACACUCCAGAUAGAGACGUCACCUCGCCGCCCUCCCUCCUUGCUCUUUGGAACUUAAAAGUUUUGGACGGCUAAAUGAGUUGUUGAGAGAGACCAAACCCCCCCCUUCACCACAACUGACUUUCAAAAAGCCUGAGACAUUAGGGGGGUGUGGAUCUGUCCAGACUGAGCAGGACCUGGAUCUGAUUAGAGCUUGAUGCUGCAGACAUGUAAGCUCCGCGGGACCAGGACAUUGUGCUAGUGAAUGAGAGCUUUCUAUAGAGGUGGAAACAGAGAUGCUUUACCUUGAGCGUUCGCGUGUGAUGAAUCUGGAGCGCAGUGAGAGAGGGGAGCGUCCUCCUCCUCGAGGCCUGGAUAUGGAGGCCCGUGCUGGUGGAAAGAUGGGGAAGAUAUCUGUGGGCUUCCAGAGGAGCUCCACCUCUGAUGACGACUCCGGGUGUGCGCUGGAGGAGUAUGCGUGGGUGCCACCGGGCCUCCGGCCUGAGCAGGUCCAAAUGUAUUUUUCCUGUCUGCCGGAGGACAGGGUGCCGUACGUCAACAGCCCCGGAGAGAAGCACAGGAUUCGACAGCUCCUCUACCAGCUGCCGCCGCAUGACAAUGAGGUGCGUUAUUGUCAUACUCUGUCAGAGGAGGAGAAAAGGGAGCUCCACAUGUUCAGUGCCCAGAGGAAGAGGGAGGCACUGGGGAGAGGAACACCCAAGAUCCUGCCUCGAGCUCUGCAACACACCCGCUGUGAAAAUUGCAGCGGAGGCAUCAAUGGAGGGGAGAUGGCAAUUUUUGCCUCCAGAGCAGGGCCGAGCCCCUGCUGGCACCCAGCGUGCUUUGUGUGUGCCACGUGUCAAGAGCUGCUGGUGGAUCUGAUAUAUUUCCACCAAAAUGGCAAAGUUCUCUGUGGAAGACACCACGCUGAACUUCUUAAACCAAGAUGUUCUUCUUGUGACGAGAUCAUCUUUUCAGACGAGUGCACUGAAGCGGAGGGUCGCCACUGGCACAUGAAACACUUUGCCUGUUUCGAGUGCGAGAUCAUGCUCGGUGGUCAGCGCUACAUCAUGAAAGAUGGCCGGCCCUAUUGCUGUGGCUGCUUUGAGUCCCUGUAUGCAGAGUACUGCGAGGCCUGUGGUGAAAACAUUGGUGUCGAUCACGCCCAGAUGACCUAUGAAGGUGUACAUUGGCAUGCCACAGACCAGUGCUUCUGUUGUGCACAGUGCAAAACAUCCUUGCUUGGCUGUCCCUUCCUUCCAAAGCAAGGUCGCAUCUAUUGCUCAAAGGCCUGUAGCCAGGGAGAAGAUAUUCAUGCCUCUGACUCUUCAGAUUCUGCCUUCCAGUCAGCCCGCUCACGUGAAUCACGGCGCAGCGUCCGUAUGGGGAAGAGCAGCAGACCUGCAGAGCAGUGGAGACAGUCGCAGCUGUUUAAUCCCCCUGCGACCAUCCCAACGUUUGAGUAUAAGAUUGGGAAUGGUGAGGGUGAUGGACAUGCUGAUGGCGACGCUGACAUCAUGGGUCGUAAGCUGGCCCAUCUCAGCCUAGAGGAGAGGUUCUGGAGGGAGCGGGAGGAGCAGGAUGCUUGUGGCGAGGAGGACCCAGAGGAGUGGGCGCAGCAUGAAGACUACAUGACUCAACUGCUGCUCAAGUUUGGUGACCGGGGGAUGUUACACCAACUUCAGCAGCCACCCGUAAAAUCUCCCACCCCCAGCUGCGACAGAAAUGGGCACAUAAGUGUCUCUGAUCCAUGGUUAAAGCCUGAUUCUACAUCAAUGGGGGUUGCCGCCUCCUCUCCCACCCCUGUCAGUCCCACCCAAAGCCAGACUUCCAGUCAAUCCCGAGCCAACAGCCUUAUUAGUCCUGGUCUGAUAAGCAAGAAACACCUGCCUGAAAUGUACUGGGCCCAGUCCCAGGAUGGGUUGGGAGACUCUGCCUAUGGGAGUCAUCCGGGUCCUGCCAGUGCCAGAAAAAUCCAAGAAUUGGAAUUGGAUCAGGACCAAUCUGGCACAGGAAGACAGGCCUGCUGGCCAGACACAAGGCAGUGGUAUGAAGACUCCCUUGAGUGCAUUGCUGACGAGCUGAGGAAGGUUGAGCAGGGUGUUGGAGACUCCAUGGACUCCCUGGCACUCUCAAACAUCACUGGUGCAUCCGUGGACGGCGAUGGCAGAGAUAGACCUGUAGUCUACACCCUUGCCAUGCAGGAUCCCUCGGUGGCAGAUGACUGCGAGAAGAUGAGCAACAUGGGAACCUUUAACUCAUCUCAUCACCAUAGUAACAACUCACUGAACCUUAUCAUGGAGAAGGGAGACCAGGAGGAGGUAGCACUGGCAAUGAGGGGAGGUGCACCAGGAGGACUUCUCGCACUGUCCCCACAUUCUGAAGGUCUCCCUGCCUCCUUUGUCCAUGCCCCAGCUCUGAGGAGAAGCAAGUCCCAAUCCAGGCCUCCUCAGAUGGUUAAGUUCUCAGAAGACACCGUGGACAAUGGAUACAAUGACGGGUUUGAUGUCAGUAUUAGAAAGCAUCCCAUGAGUGAGAAGCCACAGCGGAGGGUGUACUGCCCAGAGGAGAUGGGCCGAGAGAGAAGCCACUCUACAAGCCACUAUGGGCGCAGCAGACAACACCGCCACCGGCAAGGCAGACACCACAGGAGUCGCAAAGCCCGCUCGGACAACGCCCUUCACAUGGUUCCCUUGGACAAAGCGCAGAGGCCGUACGAGCCCCCGCAGCAGGGUCUGCUAAACCCUCCAUGUGGUGCUAUGCUCUUACCGCACCCCUCACACAGGCUGCCCCUGGCCUACUCCCAAACUCGAUCUGACUAUAUGCUUCAGGGCGCAACGCAAGGAGACCCACGGGUCGAACAUUUCAUGGGUCUCCACAGAGAUGAGGAAGACUGGUGCUCUACUUGCUCUUCUUCAUCAUCAGACUCCGAGGAGGAGGGCUUUUUCCUGGGUCAGCCAAUCCCUCAGCCUCGACCGGUUGGGCGUUACUACGCUGAGGACUUCCCCACAAGGGUUACAGCCCUCUCCUCCCAGAUUCAUGGCUCACAGACUGGUCGCAGGAAGAGCCACCGCUCUAAAAAUUGUAUCAUCUCUUAACAGUUCAGUUCAUCACUUUGUGACCUGCACUGUACAAAGUAAUAUCAGAUUUUCAGAUGGUUUACACAGGUCAAGGUUUUAGAAAGGCAGUUACAAACAACACAUGAGCACAAACUGUAUUAUGUGCCGAUAUAAGGACAUGUCAAGAGACAUAUCAUUUUAGGUCAUACUCUACUGAAAGAAGACAUUUUUAACUGUAACUGUUGAGCAAAUAAAAGACCAAUUAUGUGCAACAAACAGUUAUAAAAUAUUUGUGUAUGUGCGAUUUUGGCCUAGAUACGUGGUGUAUUUAAAUUGUAGCACUAAUAAGAUGCAUGGACAUUUGGAAGCCUUUCUUUAACCGACAGAAAUUAUGGAGUGGAGACAUUUUUCUUUCUUUUCAGCAAUUGCUGAAGUUGUUUUAAAAACGUUCAUGUAAGUUUUGCAGCGAUAUCUUUGUGUGCAUUAAAAUGGCAACACUGUUGUACACAGAGGCUGAUAAAAGUAGAAAAUAGAGACUAACCAAAUAAUUAUUUAAUGCAUAAUAGUACAAACUGAUGAUGUAUAUACUAAGUUAAGAUUUUAAUACUGCUAUUUUUAUAUCCGUGUUUUAAGAAUUGUUUCUUUUGAAGUGAAUGAUUUAUUCAAAAAAUAGCAGUUGUUAUGGUAAACGAAGAGACCUCGAUAAUAUUUUAGGAGAAACAACAAAGAAGGUGCCACAUGAUGAGCUGUGUUUUUCACAGUAAAGUGCCAUGUUACUUGGUAACAAUGUCUAUUUUAAACAUAUAUUCCACGAUGCUCACUGUUGGUGUAUAAAAUAUAAAGAGAAUGGCAGUAACACCCACAUUGUUUCAUACUCAGACCAAGUGUUAGCUACCCUCGCUCAGACAUAACCACCUGAAUGCUUUGUGCUGUAAAGAUGCUUGUAAUAAAUAAUGUUUUUUCUCCAAAGAUUCAAAAAAAAUGUUUUGACAUUCUU